AUGUGCACUUGUAACUGCACUUGCAGACGACGCAAGAAUCAUCGAAGACCGCCAGGACUGACAUCUUCGAAGCCUUUUUCCCUGACUGCUGAAGACAUUCAAGGUCCACCGCCCAAGGAGUUCGGUGUUCGCUCAAUGGGUGGCCUGACGUACGAAAACGACGAUAAAGUUGACCAAGUUAACUAUCAACCUCUCGAAAAUGUGAGUCACUGAGAGCCGCGGUUGGAUACAUAACUAGGCAGGCCUGAAAGGGGCAUGUUUUUGAAAAGUACGCCAUCACAGCAUAAAGGAAGCAACUUUAAUUGAUAAUUGAAACCACAAAUACUGUACUUUCCUUAACAAGAGUCAUUAGUUAAGCAAGAUCUAGAAAAACCGCAACUUCAAUAAACGCAGGUUCGAUGGAAGUUAAGAUACUGAUCCGUGAGUCUUGCGUUAAACAACGAUUUUUUGCGGAUCUACUAGCGCAAUACCAAAAGGCUUACUUUUGUGUGUAUUUUUCCCUUUGUAUUGAUAAUUAGCACCUGUAUGAACUGAGGAAUUAGGUUUUCAUAGCAUAAUAUCAAAAAGUGACGAAUAGCAGGUGAAUACCAGCAGCAGAUCUUAAUCCAAGUUCUAAGGGCUGCAACGCGUCCUUAUAACUAGGCCCGAAUAAUGUGAUUCUGCUUUACAGACACCAAAGGGGAUGUUCUCUAGACAAAAUGUGCGCACCAAUGUUGGGCUUUCAAGUCAGCAGGCCACUGUUAACAGACCUACCUUGAGGUAUCUCAUAUAGCAUAGGCAACUUUAUUUGAGACGUUGAGCGAAAGUUAUUUGUCCAAAAUUAAUUCUAAAUGAAAGGAGGUAAAAUGUGCUGAACGAAAAACAUGUAACACUUGACCGUAAUUGUUGUUUUUAAUUUUCUUAGAAAAUGACUGCGAACUUGGAGUAGAUCAGUAUAUUAAAAAGACCGAUCGUGUAAAUUUAAUUAGCUGCCGACAGCCAGCUAGUAAUUUAAUUUAGGAUUAGUUGAUACCAUAGUAACAACGCAAAUAGUAGCCAAAAGCCAACACACGUGUGUUUUGUCGAUAUUCUAACGCAGCAUGACCCAGCUGCGAGGGGUUUGGCUCAUCAGUUGGUCCCCCAGCAUUCCCUGUCUACUUUCUGGAAAAUACUCCGAUUAAGAAAUCGUUGCUUUCUAACUUCCGUAGAAAUUAACCGCGAACUUGGAGACAAUUAGUAUACUUAAGGUUAAUAGCAGUAUAGGACAUAUUUAAAAUGCAUCUACCGCCUUGUAGCUUAAUAGUUCUCGGAAUGUCCUUGCUUUUUUCCAUUCUAUAUUCUCACUUAUUUUAAAUGUCUUUUAAACAGAAUGCAACUGAGUCGGCAGAACAACAGGAGGAGGACGAAACACGUCGAAGAGCGGAAAACAUUCUGACAGCCCUCUCCGAACUCUCACAACUGCGGUUCCGGGGUCAGGAACUGUCAAGACUUAUUGAAAGUCUGCAGGUAAUACAACGGUAUUCUUUCGAGACGGUACUAUGGCACAUUGUGGUAAACGAAACACACCAUGUCUGAUUUAUUCGGGCAGAAUGAUAACGCUGUAUGAGGACGAAAGGGAGACAUCGUCUCAUCAGGCAGACGUAGUGAGGUCACUCAUCUACAGACCACGAUUUAAAUGGUCAAGAGACGUUCGCAAAUUUGGAAAAUUAGCGAGCUUUGUCUUGCAAAUCUCAGAGACCAGUUGUCCGUUAAAAAGCCGGAUAUGUGUUUCAUCGUACUUCGCCGUUCUGCCAUAAGCUGUAGGACAUUGACCAACUCAGAAGUCACAGGGUGAUUUCAAGUAAGCAGGUCGUAUAAAAGGGAUAGGCGUUUAGCAAAAAAGUUACUUCAUAUUUUUUUCGUAAACGAAAAGAACGGUUCAAUGACAUACUCGUUUGCUCCGUUACUGAAUACGAACCUGAAUAUACAGAGUACCUCCCCAUCGUGAAGAGACACGUCUGCGUUUCUAGGAGCCAACAGCGUCAUUGUACUUGGCAAAGUUGAUCUCUAAGGUACUCGGCUGUGAAUCAGGUUUGGAACGGCAUUAAUAAAAAUUCUUGAAAUACCAAGCAGACCACUAAUGAAUUGCCUCUUCUAAUGCGUAGCGUGCUUCAAGGAAAUUUUCUGCUUUUCCAAAAAACAUUCUUCUAUAAAUAAAAAGAUUGAGGAAUUCGCGAGUGAACUCAGAGCAGAACGGAGAAUGUGGAAGGAAUUACUGAACUUAAAUUACUUACAGAUCUCUGAUCGUAAAAGUGGGUUCUUCAAGUAGAUUGCGGCUAUUUUAUCGGUGUAAUUGUGCGAUUUUUCUUGGUCGGCAUUUGUGCAAAUAGCAAUCAAUGCGUCCAAUUACCCCUAUUAUUCGGCAUCGACGCGGCUGUGACAAUUCCUCUUAAUUAUGCGUCCGACGACAAGGUCUCCGGAAUAUGCGGCCAUUCUUCUUACUUUUUAAAGUCUUCUGUCAAAGUACUUUCGAAAGCAAAAAGGUGAUUGUAUUAUAAAUCUUCGUUUUUGUCACAUAUUUUUUACGACUUUUGCCUAUGUAGCAUUCAUCCGGUUUGUAAAAGGCCCUUCAGUCACUGUCGUUUUAGUGGAUCUCUUAGAAUAAGAUAGGAGUGUACAUUGCAAAAUGCCGCAACGAUAAAUCUUAUUACGUGUUCGAAAAUAAUGUCGAAAUUACAACUUCUGACUCGUUUAGUUAUUAGCAACCAAUCACACAUCCAUGACAGUGUCGAGGUAGCUUCAUAUCCAAGUGACUUUAAAUACUCCUGACUGAGAUCGCCAGGAGAUACACUAUGCUUCUAUUGGUAGAUUCUUGAUUAGAGGCCCGACUGCUAUGUGAUGAAGAUUUGCAUAUGACUUGUUGAAGAUAAUCAGAUAGGUCACGAGCUAUUAUCUUAGUUUUCUGUGUCACACGGGGAUUUGUUUUGCAGCACUGGUUUCUCGAUUCUGUCUGGACAUCUGCGAGCAUUUUACAAGGGAAUAAACAUGAUUCUCUGGCACCUUCUUCAUAAAACUGCACACGUUUGGGUUGAUUAAUUGGCUGUUGUAUCCUCUGAACGUAGAAAUAAUCUACAAACCAUGAGGAAAUACACCCUUCUAUUGAGUACAAUGUGGGAAUUUACCUGCGCUAUUAACGGACACGGCUACGUAGGCAAGGCCGAUUAGUGUCUUUAAACCGGCGCUAAUUGUCUACCGAAAAGGGCAUACCGACGGCAUUAUAGUCUGUCGUACGAGUUAAGCAGAAAACUGCGUCCUGAGAUCUGGCACUACAUCCGGCGAAUUGAUCCCUUUGUCCCGAACGACUGACGCAAUACACUGAUUCGCAUAUAGACCUCAAAGUACUAGCCCAUAACAUGAUACGACUGAUAACCUUUACGUGAUCCGCGUUUGCACUAGGCUGCCAUUCAUCCAAAAACCACGACCAUGCAGCGAAAAAGAGUCAGGUAACAAUGUGGUACACAUGCAGCCGUUCUAGAAUGAGGAAAUUGUCGGUCGAUGGGGUCAUCAAGUUAGAAUACCAGAGUGGAUAGUCUGACCAUACGAGGUUGUAAACUUCAUACUGCCCGCGAUCUAUAUAGCGAUCUUCAUUCUGAAUGCGCAUGCUGAAAGUGAAUAAAAACGUAAGAGUUUCGAAUUGUCAUGUAUAGUUAAGUGCUCAGUGCGACACUUGCAGGAUGCUUGUUUCUCACUGAACUUGGUUAUCUUGUCAGACCGCUUUUAAAAGUGACGACAUGACCACAAGAUUUUCAAAAACUGUAGGUUAAAUUAGUGAGUGUUGCUCUAUUGGACAGUUUUUCAAAAAUUUGUAUUCUAAUCUCGGCAGGUUUGAUUCGGUCCCAAGGCAAAACGGGUCGAGUGAGUCCCGUAGCGCGGUCGGCAAGCGCCCCUUUCCAUUGUACAUUCCCGAUCGCAACCAACAGUAUAACGAGCUCAUGGCUCAGUGGCUAGUACGCUGGACUUCUAACCAACAGGUCGCCGAAUCAAACCCCAGAAAUUGUAAACCUCGGGGUUACGUAUGCCUGGAUGACGACAACGAAUUAAUUGCGAAUGGCAAUUCCAGUCUCCACUAGCUUUUUUGGCAAGGCUGUUCUGCGGUUCAAAACGAUUCGCCUGACAAAUUCGUCAAUAAGUUACGCUGUACGCGGAGGUUGAUUUUAACUAGCGUUAUUGACGUUAAAGUUGCCCGGAUCGGGCUAAGGAAUACGUUUGGAGUUGGGUAAGAUUAAGGAGCUGAGUUAUUCCUACGGCCGAGGCUGUUAAGUCUGGUAUAUAGUCUGCAUUUGCAGUUGAGGCUAAGGUUGGGAUUUAGAAAUGGGGUUUGAGUCUUUGGGUUAGGGAUUAACGGACCCAGGGUUUGGAUUGCGCUUACGAUUGGGUUUUCGCUAAAUGCUUAUGGGUUAAGGGUCAGAGUUACCCCUUACAACCCUCUUCAUAGUUGGCGUCAGGGUGGUAGUUAACCACGGCUUUCCCAGGAGUUUACCUACCGCACUCCUGCCCGCUGAUGCAUUUGUUCUUUUUAAAGGAAUCAAAGAUUAACCUGCAGGAAAGACUCUCUUCGAGCUUUCAGAAAACAGCCAACUUCCAAAAUGCCGGCGCCUACCGACAGCAGCCAGUGCAGUUUCACCAGCUGGAUUCAACACGAACUCAACGGUCCGAAAUGUCUCCGACAGCACCACCGACAUCUCCUUCUCCGGCAUCAGCGUCCGGCAAGCAGCCUACCUAUUCGCCACGUCUCCAGAACGCAAUCAGACAGCCGGCAGGUAUCUGUCCAGUCACUGGAAGCCUCAAACCCGAGUCCCCGGUGCCAGGCCUUAUGGAGUCGCCGAGACUGCCUAAUUUCGGCUCAGUGAGUAUCCGCGAGCGCAAGGCGAGUCUAUCGGAGAGGCGACAAAACCUCAUUUCUGAUGCCUUUAUUGGUCGCAUUCGGGAACGUAUUCGUGAGCGACGGCAACAUCAGGGCAAGGAUCAGUGCCCAGAUGUUGGGAUGACGGCUGGGCGGUCAGUGAUGCAAACUCUGCACGCAAGUCCACGAGCCACGGACCUGAUGCAGGACGAUUUGAUGGCCGCGCAGCAGGGAGAUAAGGGCUUGCCCUACCAUAGACGAUUUUCUUUGGUGGGAAACAACCCUCAGGCUGUAAGCAACACUGAUGUAUAUGCAUAUGUGCGUGCAUUUAUGCCGUACUGUGUCUCCUGUUUUCACUUCACGGCAAUUAUAUCUGAUAGAGCUUUUUGCCAGUUCAUUGUAGAUCACUGAUCCGUUGUUCAUGUGAGGACUUAAUAAUAUAAUUUUUAAUUUUGAGGUUUUCUUUAAAGUACAAGCUAAUGUACUAAUAAGAAAUGCUUUCAACACUGCAUUAUUAAGAAGUAUUAUUUAUACAUGAAGCUAACAGCUGAUGACGUAUUUAGGGGGUUUUGCCCGAAACUAAAUUACCGACGCCUAGAUUGUCACCCGUUAAUAAAAGCUUUGAUGGAUGAAACAAUUAGGGAUUUCACUUACUUUAUUUUAAUCAAAAUAUCAACGAAGAAAAAACUUCUACGAUAUAGAAAGCAGAAUUAAACACAAUUAGGUAAAAAUUACUAAUACAGACCUCUCAAAAAGCCGUUGUGCGACCAUACAGUAACUGUUCAACAGAAAAACUGCACUUUAUACCAACACUUUUUUUAAACGUUAACGCCGUGUGAUAAUGUGCACCUGCUCUAGGCCAAAACCGGGAACGAAAACAGAUCUGUGUACGCCACUGCUCUGUUUUUCAGAACACUACCGAUCGUACCUUACACAUUGGAAGGGGGGAGGGUGAGGGCAAGCGUUGCUCACAGGGAAAAAUUCUCUUUUUAGUUUGGAUUUGCGUUAUGGCACUGCCAGUGGCCAUCAACUGAAAAAUAGCCAGUUUAACCUCUCUGCUGUUUGCCAACCAUGAUUCUCGGCAAUUAAAAUAUUUACGGAUAGAGUUUUAAAGAUCGUACGCCAUGGAGCCAUUUAAUCGCCUGUAGUGUAUCCUGGACAAAUAUGAUAUUCGCAACAUAGUUGUUACUAGUCGUGUCUCCUUUAACUCUGCAAAAUUUAUGUUCUGCUCACGCGAUGGGAGGGGCAGACUCAGUUAUUCAGCCUUGCUCUCGUUCGAGAAAAGUCCUACACAAGUUAAGGAUAGAGUUAAUUUUUUUCCUCUUAUUUCGCCCAAUCAUUUGAGGAUAUGGUGGUUGGCGUGCACUGCAGCAGAUCAAAUCCUGCGUGUUAAAAAUUUACGGGAGACAGUGAAUGUUAGCUUAAAAUGCUUCGUCUGUACCGACUUUCCCUUCCCGUCAAACGCAGCUCAACUCGGAAGUUUCCUCGAAGUUUACAACAUAAACUUAGAACAGUGUUUCAAGCUCGAUAAAGUAUUUGGUUAAUAAGAAAAGAUGAGCUAUGUGAUAGAAAUUGCGCAGCAUAUAUUAUUUGGUAAAGGCCGUUUUUAAAGCAGUAUAUUUAUCUAAAUAUUAUGCCGUCUCGUAGUACUGAAAUUAGUGUAGCAAAACUGAAAGGCUUCACGAGGUUGGCCAUCGAAUGCGAGUUUUUCUAACCACCUCAAUAAUCAUUUGCGGUUAAAAACGAGUAGUUGUAAAGCAUGAAUUUCUCAUUACUUUUUGGUGCCAUUACAAAUUUGACUAUACUUGAGAGAAAGUAAGCACAAAAUAUCCUGCACGACUGUCCUGCAAUUCUUGGGUUAUCAAAAGGGCAUAUUUUAUUUUAAAAGGUUUGCCAUUACGAUAUUUGUAAGAUUAUGUAUUACGAAAGCAUUAAUUUUUUCACCGCUUGAUGUUAACAUUGAAACACACAACAUGAUUAUAUCAGCAUUAAAGUUUAUGGGGAUUAGAUGACACCUUUUUAACAGCAUAGAGGUAUAUGCUAGUUUUUUUUAAUGGAAAAUGUACGGCUCGUUACCCGAAAAACCUUGACAUUGGUGCAUCCGCAGGUGAAAUUCAAAAUUAUCCGAAACUUUAUAGGGAAUUGGCGUGGUUUGGUCCUGCAACCCCAUUUGAUUGAUGCAAUGUAGUUAGCUAACUAAAACAAUUUAAGUGGGUGUGAUUACGCAAACGUUAACUGUACCACGUGUUUUCGCCUUCUUUACUACUUUACUCCGGCAAUUGAUUAUGCCUGGGGGAGUGCUAAUAUGCCGGCCUAGGUUACAUCAGGUAUCAGUCUAUGCGCUUGCUUCAAGACCCACUUGCGCCUUUUUUAUUUUCUCUGUCAAGCGAGGGGCUAAGUAGGCUUGCUAAUAUUAUUGCUCGGAUGGUGGGAAACUCCGCUGGUUCCACCACAGUGGCCAUGCACUGCGAAUUGACACGCGGUCCCCUCCGUAGCUUUAAAAUUAUGAUUACGCCUUUGUCAUCUUCUUAAUCCAGCGAGUGGCUGUGCCAAGGGAAAAGUGUGUACACGCCACCAAGCAUCGGUUCUUGCAAACGUCUCGUCGCUUUUUACAGACGUUCCCUUCGGGCAGUUAAAUGGAUCUGAGAAUUUCUAUCAACCAGUCAGCUGAUAAUUGUAGCUCCGACGAAAACGCUUAACAAAUUGUUACUAAGAUGCGAAUUAAAUAAAAUAUUCCUUUUUAAAAGCUAACUCUAUAGGCACAAAGACAGCGUUGCUAUCGGCUCGUCUCCUAGACUCUUUUAGCCGAUGACAUUAUGUAAACACUAAAGAGAUCUCUACUAAGCGAUCAGAUUGAUAUGCUUUAAAAUUGCAGUCGCAACGUUGAUGAUAUGCUUGUUUUUUCACCGCCGAAUCCGCCGUAGUUGUUCUCUUAAAUGCUUUUAUUCAGGUGCAUGCGUCCAUCAGAUUUACGUUGGAAAUAGAAACGGAUGGUUCGCCUCCCUGCCUAGAUGCCUUUCUUGACAGAAAACUUGACUGUAGCGUCUGAAAGAACCCCUCUCGGACAAAACCCGGUCUAAACAAUGGACGAACUUCGCCAGUUUCGUAUCUCUCCAAAAAACGAAAUCUUGUCUGAUGUUUAGCACAAGUAGCUUAAACAUUACGGUCGUUAUGUUAAUGAUAUCUUUGCCAUUUCAACCGCCAAAUCUGCCGUAGUUAAUCUCUAAAAUGCCAUUAAUCAGGAACAUUCGUCCAUCAAAUUUACGUUGAAGAUAAAAAACGGAUGGUUCACUGCCCUUCCUGGAUGCCCUUUUUAAAUAGGAGACUUGGCCGUAGCGUCCGAAAGAAGCCUAUCAAAAAACCAGUAUAAACUAUAAGCUUACUUCGCCAGUUUCGUACACCUCCAACUAAAACGAAAUUUAGUCCAGUGUUUGAAACAAAUUGCUAGACUUUAUCUGACAGCUAGGAAAGACUUAGAAAAACCGGGACAUGCUUCGCGAAAAAUCUGGUCCCGACAGGUUUAUUAAAAAGAACGCUGUCAGACAACCCGCAAAACUCACCACACUUAUCACCAAAAGGAAAACGUUGUUCCACAAUGUCCCUUUUCAGGCAGAUGUUACGAGUAAACUCCUAAGAAGACGCCUUCAUAAAAGCUGUCUUGUGAACCCUUUCAGCAGCAAGGGUUUUAAUAUAAUUCCCUAAUAGCUCCUUUUCUCGCGGAUAAGGUAAGGAUAGGCUGCAUCUCAGACCACCUCACUGUGCAUCUAAUCAUUUGCUUGCUCCUAAGGAGCAGAUUAUAUUGGUCGUUUUGAAUGCUGCGAAGCGCUUUUUGACGUCAAAUGUUUUAUUCUGCACUUUUUCGGUAAACUAAAAAAGUUUUGCUUGUUGCAAAUUCGUAUUUCAAAAACGGGGCGAUUGUAUGCCCUUGGUAGUCGUACUCACUUCUACAAGGAUCUUUUGUUCCAAUGCAUCUGGAAGCCAUGGGGAGAUGCUAACGUUUUAAAAAGAGCAUUGAAAAGACUUGUCAUUGGGCGACUAUUUUAAAUUGCAUCCUGAAUGCGAGAUGCCUCCUGUGCGGUCUAACUUCUUGAAAAACGUAAUAUAAAAACAAAAAGGGACAGUCUUAUCCGUUAAAAAAUUAUUUUAAUAUUUAAAUGGCCACAUAAAAGUGCAUAUACAGUCAUAGAACAAAGUCACAAAGUAAGUUAGGUAGACGUAAUUAGUGCUGAAACAAAUGGAGAAUUGCUUUUGUGUCAUAAUUGAGAAGUGUAUUCGUAGUUAUUAAGAAAAUUAAAACUAAGCAGAAUGUGCCAUUUUUCCUCGAUCUUUCUCAUAUAAAUAUAACACAGGAACACGCAAUAUCAGACUAUCUCAAAAAAGCUUUUUUAGAAUACAACUCAACAGACAGGUUUUUGAGGGUCUACUUAUCAUAUGUCGUGGCCAUGAAAGUUUACUUUAGGCGUUUAGUUUUCAUUUUUAAGGAGGUCUAAAAAUAUGACGCAGCUUGCCAACAGACUUCGAUGAGAAAUGAGACAUUAUAUUUUGAGUAAAACUUAUUUGCAUGGUUUUUGUAAGGAUUGUGCAGACACAGAGUACAGAACGUGUGUUUUGGGAAACCAAUAGAAAACACGAAGAACGUAAGUCAUUUAAUGACAGUUCAAGGGCGUUCUGAUAGCUACCCUUUCCUUCAUAAAAUACUUGACAGUGCCGCUUAAAAAUUUCACUUAGUACACGGAAUACAGUACCUGUAAGCGCUCUCUUUUCUUGGUUUUCAACCGGUCUCUCGACACGCGACUUUGCAAGAUCUUUUACUCCCACCGUGUUCUUAUUUAUGUAGUCCGACAGAAACCGCUGGUUUUAGUCAGGCGAUUUACCGAUGAACAUAAGAAGAUGUAAGGCCGUCGACCUAUCGUCAUAAUUCAUUUUAAACUAGUUCCGAAUAGAUAUUCAUCCUGAAUGUCAUAAAAAGACUAUUUAUUUUGAUUAUUGCACUAGUGGAUUCUAUAAUCUUUUAUAAAUUUUAAAUAAAUUGACGCCUUUUAAACGUUUCAAAUACUUUAAAGAUUGUUUAUUGCAACCAAUAUACUAUUGCUUUUAGGAGAUAUUUUGCCUUUCGUCUGUCCUACGAUCAUUCAAUAGCAAUGGAUAGUUUCGUUGGAUCUAUUUUUGUCAGGUUCUGAGAGGUUUCAGAUUUUACGCAAAUUUACACAUAUUUUAUGAUCCGCUUCGUUCAUUGCAAACAGUGCAUACCAAAAACGAUGACCAUGAUUAAUUAUAUAUUAGCACCCAUUAAUUAUUCUGCAAUAACUCUGCCACAAAUCCGUACGCAUCUUAUUAAAAGGACCGACAGCGAGUUUCCGAUGUCACAAAAUUUUAAAAUGCGUUUUCCUUAAGGAAGGAAUCCUCAGGUGGCUUAUUGCAGUGAUUAACUUGCGACACAAUACUGUAAUAAAUUUCGACUUGUCGGUCUAAAAAUGUCUUUCUUUCGGACCUCCCGUAGAAAUCGCACUUGGUAAAAAAUGAUCACAUAUUUAUCAUACAUUUUACACAUCGAAUUUCAUUGGUCCCAAAAACCAAAAUGUAUCUUAUAGAAAACAUGCACAAAAUAGGCCCUAUUAAGCUUUUUUGGUAGAGAAUCAUGUUAAUUUUACAUUUUAUGCUUAAAGAAAGGAUAUUAUUCGGUUUUAAAAAUUUAGUCAUUUUGAGAUUUUGUAAUACCUUGUAUUGUACGUUCCUGGAGCAUUGUACUCGUCCGUUUACCACUACUCCUCAUGAAAUGUACAACAUAGUCUGUAUCUAUCGCAAAAUUGUAUAGACUUUAUAUGGUAUCUUUUUAAACGCAUGAAAGUUUAUAUGAUUUUCCUUGUGCGGAAUGCAUGCACCUUGUAGACUGAAAUAACUACGCGCAAAUGCAACAACUAAUCAGGCUCCAAAUUAUUUGGCAAUAAGAUAGCUCUUUAAAAACAUAAUUACACUUCUUUUUCGGGUAUAAAAUAAAAAAGUGUUUUUCUAUCAAACGACAGAAAAAACAGUUUUUGGUUGUGGUUUCUAUAAACGAUAUUUAAAUGAACAAGGUAAUUGAAAAUCAAUGAUCACUGCAUGGUACUUAAGUGGUCAUUUUUUAUCGAGCGUGGUUUCUAUAGGAGAUUAAAUAUCAGUCUCCAUAUCCAUGGCAGACUUUCAUGAAGUAUAUAUGGUAUCUUCUUAAAGAUUUAAAGGAAUUUAUGAUAUUCCUUACGCGGAAUGCGUGCAACUUGUGGAGUGAAAUUCCUUAGGGCUUUUGCGAAGGUCUAUCGGGCUCGAAAUUAAUGACAACUGAUAAACCCCUAACAAUCCUAACUAUACAGUUUCUUGGAGUACAGCUGGUAACGUCAGCGUGAUUUUUCACCAUAAAAAUGAAAGAAGGCUUAUUUAUGUGCAUGUUUUCGAUAAAGUACGUUAACAUAUAGGGGACCAUUUAAAAUCUAUGUGAAAAAUGUAUGCCACAUAAGUAGUCCUUUUUUGCCGAAUGCGGUUUCUAUAAAAGGCCAAAAAAGCAUAUUCAAAAGCCGGUACCCUGACAUGUCAAAAUAAUUAUUCACUAAUGACCAAUAAUGAUCAGUAUUCUAAUCUCGUCUAAGUGGUGAUUCCAAAUCGAAAACGCAUUUCAGAAUUGCGGCAACAACUUCAUAAGAUCUGUCACUCUGUGUUAUUCUAGCAAUUUUUCAAAGGCAGUAUCAUUUAUCACUGCUUACUCGGACGACGGUUUUGUUGCAGAAUGCCUCAUUUACGCAGUCGUCAUCAAAAACUUUAAAGGCAAACGUUUACGGGAAGUCCCUGCUUUUGUGGGAGGCAUCUGUGACAGAUAACACUUAUGUAAUAUUUUAGCAAACUCGACUAAUUCAUACGACUAAUUUAUGAAGAGCAAACGUUACAUCCGAAACAUGAAGAUCGCAACUUGAGUACGGCCAACGCUAAAACCAUCUGGGCUACGAAACCCCAUCAGGAUCCUUUUGUUUAAGUUCAUUUGCGUCAAGUUGACCACCCCCCAGCCUACUAUGGUGCAAGGGAUGUGCCAAGUCUGAUGCAACAAACUGACUAGCGAAGCAGGAUUUCCUAAUGAAUUAAGCCAGAUGACCGCAGUACCCACUUAAUCAAUCCACAUUGUCGGCAGAUUCGAGUAAAUCCAUUCAAACCGACUGCGAAAAAUGCCGGGUUUGAUUGGAUUCGGACGCAUGAGAGAGCAACACUUUAUUUUUUUUAUCCCAACGAUCAAAUCAGAUGAAUUCUCUGAAUUAACGCCUAACAGGACCUGCAGAAUAACCAAUUCAUUGUAUGACGGUAGGUGUGUUAACGCAUGCAAUGCUAAGCGAAAUCCCGAAAAGCAUUUUCAACUCAAAAUGAUUGUUUACGUAAGGCUGUAAUAUUAAUUGCCAUGCAGUAAAAACUUUGAACAAGCGUCUUUGCAGCGGGUUGCAAACGUUACACUCUCUCACCAAUUACUACCUAUGUGGCAUGCAGUUUUAUCACUGAUUUUUGAUUACCUUAAAUAUUCAAAUCCAUUGCAUCAAAAACAUGCAUAAGAAAUAUUUAUUUUACUCUCUUUGUAAAGCAUUACCUAGUUUUCAAAUUUAAUAUUUAAUGAAAGGGUAUAAAGCAGUUUAAAAGGAGUUUCUAGUUAUGAGAUUCUGUGAGAUUCUAAGAUACAAUGUGUCUCGGCGACUACUACUUUUAAUUGUAAAGUCCACGAUAAAGCUCAUAUCCACUGAUAAAUUUUUAUGAAUCGCAUUAAGUCUGCUAUUAAUAGCAUAUAAAGAUAAACGUUUUUGCCUAAACGGAAAAUACGCUGCCUGUCUUUUGGAAACUCCGAAUGCAAGUGCGACGGCACAUCGAGUUCAAAAGUUGUUCUGUGAUGAGACUUGUUUUUAAGGUCAAACUUAACUUUAUCUCGAUCAACACAACUUGAAAAAACGUAAUUGUCUACCAAAUGGUUAAAAGAAGAAAUGUUUUAUGAAUUUCCCAUAUGGAAUAGAUUUGAAUUUUAAAGGCCAUCAAAAAUCAGUUAGACAAAUGCAUACUAUCUAGGUAGUUAAUACGUGCGGAAUAUAAAUUUGCAGACCACUGCAAAAUAGCUUUUUAAAAUGCCGGUAUUUUGAAGUAAAAAUAAACAAUCUGGGGGUUCUGCAGCAGUUUAAUUAAAACGAACAUCCUACUUAAGUAAUCUUUUCGAGUCGAAAGCACAUUUCAGAAUUUUGGCUAGCAGCUUAUGAAUUAACACAUCCACUGUAUUUGCGGUGUUAUGAAUCAGGGCUUUUAUGUUAUUGCACAUACGUGGAACCGCCAAAAGAAAUGUUUUCUCGUCAUUUAUUAUUCUUAUUGAGGUACUUUUCAUACAUAUAGGACUGGUCCUUUCUCUUCAGCAGCUGCUUCAAGGUCUCCUAAUUUUAAUUCCGCGCUUGUAAUUGAAGUGAACUUUUUGCACAUUGAUUUGUGCUAGUCCUUGGGCACAAAGUCUGUGGAAUUCGUAAUAGAGAAAAAUCUCUCAAUAAGUUGCUGUUUCCAUAUAAUAUGCUAUUCAGGAUUUGAUGGUCCAGUAUAGGGGCUUUUGAAUUAUAUUAAAAAGAUCGUACAUAACCAUGCAUCAUCCCAAAAACGUGGUCAAACUUGGCAUACAACAGUCGAACGCAAGAGUGCAGCUUUUUACUAGCAGAGUAGAUGCGCAGCCGUCCAGCGGAAAACUGCGUCACCUAGCCUAAGACUUGUGAGUAUAUUUUUCUAGUCACUUUUGCCGUUUGAAACGUGAAGCUUAUCCAUAUAUUCCUCAGAAUCAUAAGAAAAUUCAUUUUCAUGUUUUAAUCUUUUAUUUAACGUUUCCAACGUUGUUUUAGUACGUCUCAUAAUAUAUGCGAAAGUGCUUCCGGGGAAGCACGCCUGAGUGAGUCUUUGCGGUCUACUAAGCAAGCAUUAUGUCUUUAUGCUAUCCUGGCAGUCAGUAAGCUAAAUCGCACAUUAAGGAAAACAAAAUGUAAAAACUCACUAGAAUAGCGUUCCCGAAAUCCCAUGUCUAACAUUCUACCAUACUUGACCGACAUCACAACUCUGGCAGUCUAACUAGGUUUGAAUCACAAUUACCUUUUACUCUAGAUAGAAUGUUGUAAAAAGUUUGUUUCUUUUUGGAAGGCGUAUUCUGGGUGUUUUUUUUACUACAAUGUACAUACAUGUUUAUAAAUGGCAUGUAGCUGACAAAGACAAGGAGACCGGGACGGCCCUUUAUGGGUUAUGAGCCGUCAUCAGCCAGCCAUACCCCACCACAAACGUGGAUCAAUUAGGAUCCGAGGACUGACAUUCUACUAUUGAGCCACGGGCCCGUUGUCCUGUCAUUGUGAUCGGGAAUAUAAAGCACGACAUAUGGGCACUCACCGAUCAGGCUACGGAACGUGUUUGUCACGAUUAAUAUUCUCGAUCACAACUGACAGGGCAACAGUAUCGUGACCAAUUAUUAUUAUUAUGCAACAACGAAUACCAUUGGCAGAUUAUUCUGGUCAUAUUCCCAAAAUCAUGUUGGACUACUUAUGUCACAUCAAAUUACCGCCUUUUUCAACAUAAACCAUGUUUUUUUAGAGAUUACCGUCGGUCUUAUAUUUUUACGCCAAUUUACUAAGUUUUGCAUUGCAAAAUAGGGUUUAAUGUCAGCUGCUAGAAAUGUCCCUGAGAUCCAUCUCCUCAGAUUUUGCAGAAACCCUGAUCAGUCUGUUUCAUAUCCAACUUAGCAAGCUGAUCUACGUAGUUAUGCAAUAUUAAGGCCCAAAACAGACGCAUAUUUCUGUAAAAACAGCGCCAACAUAUGUCAUACUGUUCGUUGGCCGCAGAAUGCACAAUAUGAUACUGUCUUACAUAGCCAUUAGAGGUUUUUAAUGAAUCAAACUCUAUCGACUGUCAGCGUUUGUCUCUUUCCAGAUACGUCAGUUUCUUAUGCUCUCUCCGAAACCUGUGUUGGGCAUCCGGUCGCAUAGUAGUUAACACGGUAACGGUUUCAACGUUAUCUUAGAAAAUAUGCCCCACCUUGCAAAAUAUCUCUCUCUUUACCCAAGGUUGCCCAAAUAAAUGGGAUAGAGCACCCUAUCGAUAAUGAAAGACCUAAAGUAUUGUGGAAACAUGUAACAAAUAGUUAAAUUAAUACGACUCUCCUUGGAAAUAACAAUUAUUUUAGGACAAGCGAAAUUCUCAAUACGUCAAAAGGUUUUGUUUUUGUAAAUAACUAACAGCUUAAAAGACACAAGUAGCACAACGUACAGCAGGUGUGCUAAGUCAUGAAAUGCCAGUCGAAAAGUCGACAUGCGUUCCGUUUCGGAAAGAUUAAUUAAGAAGGGUUGUAAAACUAAUAUUCCUGUAGCAUUAUUCCACAAGAAUUCAGUUACCUCAGGGUGCCUGUUUUCGAACCAACUUCCUUUGGGCUUCACGCAGAAUCCAAACUCUGUAUAAAAUGGCUGCUUAAGUUGUAUGAAUUGUUCUUACCGGCUUCGAAGUCAUUAGAAAUUCAAGCAUGUUUCAUGGAAAGCAUUAAUAAAAAUAUUCAGUCUUUUAUUCAUUCGGUAAAAAAUGACGUCUACGUCUAAUGUUCUGCAUCAAGGGAGGGAACAAUUCGACUUUAAAAUGUUUUUAAAUUUUCGCGUAACUUUGAACCCGACCUGCCGUUACACUUCCAUUCAGGGUUUCAAAACGACAAGCCGUAUAUUUUCAACAUAUGUAAAACCAAAAAUUUCUGCAUAGUAUUAAAAGAAGACCAUAUGGGGUUAAUGAAUUUUAGCAGUGAAUUUAAGCAAUAUUGUUAACUUAACAAGCUACAAUGCUAAAUGCAAAGACAUGACGUUUUAUGGAGAGCAUUUCACGGGACUAAAAAAUCUCACAAUUAUAAUCUUUUUUAAAGACCAAAUUAUAUCCUUCCUUCGAGUAUGAACUUGGAAAGGGGAUGUAAUUGUCUACUGAAUGGUUAAGAUAAUGAAUAUUUGUAUUCAUGUUUUCCAUGAAAUAUAAGUGCAUUUCUAAUGGCACCGAAAAUCAAUGAAAAAAAUUCAUACCACUUAAGUAGUCAUUUUUUACAGAGUCUGGAUUCGGCAUGAAGCCCUAAAAAAGUUUGUCUAAAGGCGGGCAUUCUGAGGUAACAGAAGUGCUACGCUGCAUGAUGAUUAGUUUUGCAACCCUUCCUUAUUAAUCAUUCGGAAGUAAAGCUCACUUCGGAAUUUCGGUUUACAUUUCAUGAGUAAGAUCACCUACUGCAUGUAAAUGGUCAAUCGACGUUUGCGCUGUAACAUCCUGUUGGAAUUAUUGUCAUAUCGCGUGCAACGGUAGGCCAACAGCCUACAGUUUAAGUAUAGAUUUAAAAAAACGUUUUCAUAAAAAAAUCGCCAUAUUUUUUUGUGCUGCUUUUAUUGGUUGAGGUGCGGUCGACUAAAAGAAUGUGGGACGAGAAAAACAUAAGCAUAUGUAUAAUAUUACAUGUUGGGAGCCUACGCAAGUUAAACAGAAUCAGCCAUUGCAAUACCAAACAUAGAAUAUUAAAUAUAUUAGGAAGACGUUCCUAUAUUAAGAGUAUUUAGUAACUUUUAGUGACCGUGUUGGUCACAAAGUACUAAUUUAUUUAAAAAAUCGGUGGUCUUUGCGACUUUUAGCAUUCCUUAUCGACCGCUCAUGGUCAGUUGUAGGAUGGCUUAGGUUUAUUGAAGGUUAUCGUAUGUUGCUGAUAGAAGCGAACAGGCGAGUCCCAGGUAGCAUUUCAUAAGAUGAAGAUGCGAUCACUGGGACAAGAAGUUUAUUUGCCUGACGUUUCGGAUUCUCACUCGAAUCCGAGUGCGCAUACGGUCCCACGGCAGCCACGUGCUAUAAAUACUGCACUCCUGGUGCCACCUUCACCUCUAUCUGCGAGUGUCUCUGAUGAUGAAUUCGAGUGAGAAUCCGAAACGUCAGGCAAAUAAACUUCUUGUCUCAGUGAUCGCAUCUUCAUCUUCUGGUCAGCGUAAGUUUUAGGUUUAGGGUUAGGGCUAAAGUUAAGAGAAGAGAAUAGGAACACUCAGCACAAGGGGUCUCACGCCUCCGAGUCCGACCUCAUGUUGUCAUUUCGAGACUUUGCAGUGCUGCAUUCACAUACACCUGCAAGUUUGUUUGGCUGACAUUUGGGUUGGUAAUCUUGCAAAAUUAGACAGACUUCAGAUUUGGUAUUCAUGCUUACAGAUUAAAGCAGAAUGUUUGAAAUCAAACUACUGUCAUCCUACAGCUCCUCAGCCAGUUUUUGUGUAUUUUUUACGCAAAUGUUCGUUUGGAGCAUACUUGAAUAUUCAACCAGACAUACAAUUUUAUUGCUGGUAAAAAGAGACGUCCGCAGCGACAAUGCGCGAGGAAUACGCUGCAGAUAAUUAGAGAACGUUUGCCCAUCUGUCACCUUUUCUAAACGCUUCUUCAAAAGCUCAUUUUGUGGCCAUUCAAAACAACAACUGCAACCGUCCUAUAGCUUAAAGAAAAAGUUACGUUAGACCCAUUUAAUAACGCCCCUCCCAUUACCGCUACAGGGGUGAUCUGCCUAGAAAAUUAGCUAAUUGAUUUCGCAAAGUCCUCACCUAAUUCUGACAUAAGGUCCGUCAACUGUUGAGCGCAUUUAAUUGUCAUGCACUUUUCCUCUUUCUGAGGUAAAGUCAAGAAAGAUCAUAACCUUUGACCGAGCUUUCAAUCCCCUAUGAAGAUGGCGAUUGUUCAGAGUGCCUACACUCCCAAAAACAAGAGGCAGUCAAUCACUGCAGGUCACGUGCGCUUUCUCUUGUGCGCUGUCAGCAUGAUCGUGGCGCUUCGCCAUUGGCUGCUCUCCUCGAGAAUAAUCGAUCCGUGUAUGCUAGUAAUCGAUCAGUCCGUCUAUAAUUUUCUUCUCGAAGUGCACUGUGCAGAAUUCAGGAGAAUCCCAGUAGAGUAUUAUAAAUGCGCACUACUUCCCCAGUUAGACUUCACUUGCAGUUUCAUAAUACACUUUUUCGUGGCCGAUCGUGUUCUCCUUAUCUGCCGCGUUGUCAUUGGGGACCGGAGUCGAGUGCGCAUAUGCUUCACGUGAUUUCAGGUAUUAAGCUGAUCCUUAACAAUGUGACAGUUGAUCGUGUGCCACUCCGAAGGCUAUAAUCGUCCUCGUUUCUGGUCCUCACUAUAGCCUUCCCGCGGUUGUCCAAGCAUCUCGUUUGCAAUAGCCUCUGCUGCGCCAUCGUCGACGCCUCAGUGAACGUGUUCCAUAACUACUCUGUGAAAACGUAAGUGUCGUGUCCGGUUGAUGGGAAACAGAACCGCUUGUGUUAUCUGGGAGCAAUCGGGUGGUUUUUUCGUAGUAAAAUGCUGAAUAACUAGAACACAUCCGGUGACCGGAGGGAGUCCUUUCACUGACUUCUGUCCAUGAAAAAAAUUGGAGUCUGAAAGAAUGGCGCCAGAGGACUUUUUUCAGUAGGUAGAGAUGUCGUUGCCUUGUCAACCGGGGGGGGCAGUAUCGGUAGAAGACGAUGAUGCGGCUGGGCGGUGGGAGCGUGUUUAAUCUCUGCACAACAAUCGUCAGGCCUAAUUCUCAGUUGUAGAAAAAGAUAAGAGUAGCCAGAUUGAAAAGUUUAACGUAUACAUAGUCAGGCGGCAGUGCCCGCUUGCAAGGCAAGGACUGCUGUUGACAGCCUCCAGUCAUGCUUGAGAGUCCCGAGAAAAUAGUGGCAGCUGCUCUUGUAGGCUCGUGGGCCAAGCUGGAGUGGUCCCAGUCAGUGUGUGUUACAGUGAGUGACCUAUCUCAUGAAAUGUUGGCUGGAAUUCUGAAAUGCGUUUUCGAGUAGGAAGGAUUACUUGGUCGCGGUUGUAAAAUCUUGAUUAUCUUAAGGCAUACUCUCAUAACAUGUCGAACUCGGCAGGGUGUCGCCUUUUAAAUGCACUUCUUUUAAAUCGCCUGUAGAAAGCGUGCUUGGUAAAAAUGAUUAAUUAAUUAACAUGCAUUUUCCCAUUGAUUUUCAAUGGUCUUGCAACUUUAAAUAUAUUUUAUAAAAAACAUUAACUAAAAUACACUUUCCUUUAGUCAAACAAUAAAGAAUCACGUCCUUUUUAUAUUUUAUACUUAAGAAAGUAGUAUAGGUAGGUUUUUAAAAAGUUUUCUAAUUGCCGAAUAACUUGAAGCCUAAUCAUUGGUUGCAUAAGCGCUUAGUGAUUUCACUCUACAAGGCGCAUGCGGUCCGCGUAAAAAAAUUACAUAUUUUUCUAUGCCAUUAAAGAGAUAUCAUACAGAGUCAAUAAAAUUUUGCAAUGGAUGUGGACCAUGUUGUAAAUUUCAUGAGGAGCAGUGGUAAACGUCCAGGUACGAUGCUAUGUGAAUGGACAUUUCGCGGUCAUAAAAGGACUCAUAAUUAGAAACUUUUUUAAAACCUAUUUAUACUCCUUCCCUUAGUAUAAAAUAUAAAUAAGACGUGGUUCUCUAUUGAUUGACCAAAAGAAAGCAUACGUUUGCUUAUUGUUUCUAUAAAAUAUAUUUUAAUUUGCAAACCCAUCGAAAAUCAAUGGGAAAAUGCAUGUUAGUCAAGUAGUCAUUUUUUUUACCAAGUACGCUUUCUAUAGGAGAUUUAAAAGAAGUACAUUUAAAAGCCGACACCCUGCCGAGUCCGAUAUGCUAUAAAAGUAUGCCUUAAGAUAAUCAGUAUUACAACCGCGACCAAGAAACCCUUCUAAUCGAAAACGCAUUUCAGAAUUUCAGCUAACAUUUUAUGAGAUCGGUCACUCACUGUAUAUUUGCCUAGGGGUGGUUUCUCAGUAGUUUAGGUUGUGGUUGCAGGGCGGGGGUGAGGUGCGUUUAUGUGGCCGCAUGGACAGUUCCAACUAUGUGUGGACGCAGAUAUGCCCGAGCUGAGGUCGGUCGAGUGGCUUCAAGUCAGCGCCUCCGUAACGGUUCGGUGCAAGGGGUGAAUGACCUUGUGGCAGACAGACGAUGACCAAUGACGCUAGACUAGUCAUGAAGGCUGGUCACAACAACAAAGAAGCUGUUCUAGGAGAAAUAAUUUACCGAGUGAUACGCCCCAGCAAAGAUAGGAAUAAAUGCUGAUAAUAGCAUAGGGCUACAGUAGGUGAGCUAACUCAUAAAAUGGCAACCGAAAAUACGAAGUUAGUGUUCGUUUUGAAAAGAGUAAUUCAGUAGGGUUGUAAAACUUAUCACUAUGUAGUAUAAUUAUAUAAUAGGCCAGUUAACUCAGGAUGCCAGCUUUCAAAAAAACUUCCAACCAACUGAAUCCGAAAACUAUACUAUGUAAAAAAUGACUACUUUAUGAUUUUCGAUGCCUAUAAGUCUUCAACUAUAGUUCAUGGAAAACAUGCAUAAAAACAUUCAUUUUCCCGAUCAUUCGAUAGAAAACUACAUCUUCUUGCAAUCUACAGUUCGAAAGAAGGGUAUUAUUCGGUGUUCAAAUAGUUUUGCAAUUCCCGAAAAAAUUUUAACCCGAUCUGCCGUCAAACUUGCACUCGGGGUAUUCAAACCACAAGUUAUGUAUUUCCGCGUAAAGAAAACCACACAUUUCUCUACAGUAUUAAAAGACCAUAUAGGGUUCAUAGGAUUUUGCAUUGGAUUGUAUGCAUAGUUUUAACUGUACAAGCCGCAUUGGUAAAUGCAAAAACAUGACGUCUUAUGAACUGCCAUUUUACGGUAUUAAAAAGUUCCACAAUUAGACACUUUUUAAAACCGAAUUAUGUCCUUUCUUUGAGUAUAAAAUUGAAAGAAAACGUUAUUUUCCAUCGAAUGAGCAAAAGAAUAAAUAUUUGUAUGUUUGUUUCUCAUGACAUAUAAUUGAAUACUUAAGGACAUCGAAAAUCAAUGAGAAAAAUACAUGCUAUCUAAGUAGUCAUUUUUUAAAGAGUACAGUCAUUGUAAGCAGACGGAUGGGAGACCAUUCGAAAGCCGGCAUCUUGAAGUAACUAAAUUAUUAUAGAAUUAUACUACAGACUGACUAGUUUUACAACCCCACUUAAUUAAUCUUUCUGAACGAAAACGCAUUUCGGAAUUUCGGUGGACAUUUCAUGAGUUACACCUCUUGUGCAUUCCUUCUAAUUACGAGAGCGCGGCAACGUCUUAUAUAAAAAAGUAGUAGUUUUUAACACUGUGUAGUUUUUUCCAUGCGGCCGAAAGGAAGUUCAUUUGAAAGGCGACGUCCAGCCGUAACUAAAGUAUUAUAGAACUAUGCUGAAGAUUGACUAGUUUUACAACUCUACUCAAUAUCUUCGAAACGAAAACGCAUUUCGGAAUUUAGGUUGGCACUUCAUGAUUAAGAAUGGCAUUACCGAUAGAGACAAGGGAGACUGGAAUGGCCAUUUCUGGCUUAUUAGCCGUCGUCAGCCGGUCAUACCCAACCCCGAAGUGUGGCAUACCCGAGACUCGAACUCUCACGGAUCGAGCGCCCCUAUCACUUCAUGAGUAAGCCCACCUACUGCAAGUUGAUUCCAUACGCAAAUGACUACACAUCAUGUUUGGCGAGCGUUUUAGUGUGAAAUCCCUAAGCGGGUGCUUUUAUGAAUGAACAACCGACAAAGACAUGUGAGACUGGACCGGACUUUCUAGACUGUGGUGUUUCAUCAGCCAUUCAGGCGAACACAUCCGAUAGAGACAAUUCGAACAAUUGCGAUUUUUUUUAUUCUAAAUGAUUUCGGCAACAGUUAACCAGCUUGUUUCUUAGGCUACCAACGGUAGUAAUAAAACCCCUAUAUUUUCUCUUUGGGGUUAACUGCUUUUUAUCUCAUUUAAAUAUCCGCGAGCGAAUAUUUUGUGUAAUGGUACACAUACUAACAACGACGGACAAAUGAUCACAAUUCACACCUAAGGCUUGAAGCGUUUACAUACAAUUAAUGAUUCUGAGAAUACAAGCGAGCAUGCAGUUAAAAAAACGCUUUUGAAUGCAUUAUUGUGGGUCCAUACACUCCCAGGAUGAAGAGGUAAAGAAGAAAAGUCGAGAACCGUAGCACUGUGUUUAUUGUCCUGAGCUUUCAGACUCGUUUAGGAGUCCAUCGUCAGAGGUAACAGCAGCUGCAGCAGAGCAAGCGACAAUUAUAAGGCAUGCAGGCUUAUCGUCGACCGACGGCGCAAGACUGGAGGUGACUACGCAGGGCUCUGUACGUUGCCACCAGAUCGAUAAAUCGAUUGACCGAGUUCUCAAUCAAUUCUCGGCCUGUUUUGUUUCCGGCGUGGGCGACUACUUUGUUAGCUGCGAAGUCAAACUCAUGACCCAUUUCGUAGGUGUGAGCGACCACUUGGGAUAAUGCGUCGCCUUGUCGCACAGCCAGCUUAUGCUCGUGUAUGCGCGAUCCGAGCAUGCGUCCAGUCUGUCCUGUGUAGUUACAAGGACAAUUUUGACACGGAAUGCGAUACACUACUCCAGAUUGCUCUUCAGGUUUUAACCGGUCCUUGAUCUUCAUGGCCCUGUUGCGCAUGGUGGCUUUGGGGCGGUGUGCAAUUCCAACACCUAGCUCCGCAGCAAUGCGCUCAGUCGCUUCUGAAACGCUCUUGAUGUAUGGCAGAGAAUGUCAUAUCGUUGGUGGCGUUGAUGUUCGAGUUCUUUGGUGGCGACCGCGUAGGCAGCGACCUUUGAAUGCCCUCGAAUAGCCAUUUUGCACAAACUGGUCGCGGAGAUAACGGGCCUCACGUGCUCUGUCCUCCAGUUUGCUGCAGUGAGUUUGGAUCCGUUUAAAGAGCGUCGUCAUACAGCUUUGUUUGUGAGACGACGGAUGGUUGCUGUGGUGUUCGCUGCCUUCCUAUAAGCCGUCGUUUCAAGUUCACCGUUAAGGUUUCAUCUGACAAGUACAUCCAGGAAGGGCAAAUGUUGUUCCUGUUCUUCUUCCCUCGUGAAUUUUAUAUCAGGAAAAACUGCGUUGAGCAGGCUGUGGAAAUGUUGCAGCAUGUCCUCCUUAACGACGACGAACGGUUGGUCAAUGUAACGGCGCCAAAACACCGGUUCAUUUUGGAGGAAGGUAGUCUGUUCUAAAUCCUGUAGGACCAGUUCUGUCACCAAACCCGAGACCGGUGAGCCCAUUGGGGUUUCCUUGAUUUGUUCAUAGGUCUCUCCCGCAAAAGCGAAGAAAGUUUGUUGGCAAAAACCCUAACAGCCUCAUGAGGUGCUCAAUUUUGAGGGCAUUCUGAGUCGCAUCUUACGUUUCUUCAAGUCUAUUUCGCAAGACUUCGCGGGCCACGUUUGGUGGGAUGGACGUGAAUAACGACGUCACAUUGAAGGUGACCAUGAUUUCGUCCGAUUGAAUUCUCCGACCUCGGAGGUCUAUGAGGGGUUGAGAGGCUGAUCGAACUGAGGUAAUCGAAUUGCCUUGGAGGAACUUCAGCUUUCAGUGCAUCCAUUUUGCCAAAUUGUAGAUGAGGCUGCCUUUUUGGGCAACGAUUGUCCGAAUUGGAACUUUUGCUUUAUGGAUUUUUGGCAGACCAUAGAAUCGGUCUAGAGCGGUGUCAGUUGCCCUCCUUUGGUGCCCUUCAUUCUCCGUGAUCACAUUUUUAUGUCGGUAUUAUCUAAGCAGUUUACUCAGCCGAUCUGCCACUGCUUUGGCUUGUGACUUCUGUGCUGGUCUGUAAAAUUCUCUGUCAUCGAAAAGGGCUUUAGCUUCUUCAUUAUAAUCUUCUCUAACCAUCACGACCGUUGAUCGUCCCUUGUCAGCAGGUAGAAUGAAAAUGCUGUCGUCCCUGCUCAGUUCCCCCAUAGCCUUUGACUCACCCUGCGAAAUACAUUUGGUUGGUCUGUGUGUCAUCAGCAAGGAGGUAACACGCUGUCAGACGGAGUGUUUCAUGCCCUCGGAUGUUUCACUUCUCACAAGCAUAGCUUCCAGGGAUGCAAUGAAGUCGACAGGAUCGGCGUCUGUAGUGUUGAAGCAAGUUACAUGUUGUAACACUCGUAGUUGCUGCUUAGACGAGAGUUUGUGGACCAAGUUUGAGCUUUCUGUGCCUAACGGUUUUAGCUUAGUCAAUUUCCGUUCCAAAACUUCUCUCUUCUUGGCUUGCCUGUGGUGUGCCAGAGUGGAGAUCGGCUUCCCCUCAUCUGCGCCGAUAGGAUCGCCGAGAGUGUGGCCGUAUUAACGGGAGCUUUAUAUCUCAGGCAUCGGGGGUUAGUUCGUCUUGAAGACAUCGGUGCAGAAAACGUAAAUGUUCACAUGUUGCGGCCUCUCGUAUAGAGAAUAACUCCCAGCUGUGAGCUGUCCGAAGCGCAUCGCGUCGGACGUUUUCACGAAUGAAGGCGAAAUUUCGAUUUCCAGGCGUAUGCAUAAGUGAAGAAGAAGAGUCGAGAACCGGAACACGGUGGUUAUUGUCCUGAUCUUUCAGACUUGUACAGGAGUCCAUCGUCAGAGGCGCAAUACUGGAGGUGCUACACAGGGCUCUGUACGUUGCCACCGGAUCGAUAACUCGAUUGACCGAGUUCUCAUCUGAGACCCAGGUUUCAAUCAAUUCUCCGCCUGUUUUGUUUCCGGCGUGGGGGACUUUUUCGGUAGCUUUUGUCACUGUAAGCCGUAUUUGUUUUGGGAUGUUAGAUGCCUACCGGAAAUCGGCAAAAAAGAAGAAUAUAUUUUUUUUGUUAAACUUUGAAGCGUUUUGACAUAGAUGCUCAAUUAAGCCAACUUUUGGAUGAUUUGUACUCAGAUAAAUUGCUGUACUAGGAUGAAUUUCAUGUAUUUUAGUGAGAGCAAUCUUCCCCAGAUGAUUGCUGAGGGUGACAUGUUGUGGUGUUAUUAAUAUUAGAUUUUAUAAGUCGUGAACUCCGUAUUAUGAAAGCAUUAGUGCAUAUUACCAGCUACGUAAUAAGACAACUUCCAAUUCAGUGUAAAAAGUGCCAAUUUAUGAAAAUGAAUUUUAGCUGUAAAUAUAUAUAUAUAUAUGUAUUGAGGAUGCCACUGUGUUGAAGUUGUCACAAAGGUAUUAUUUACGCACUGACUGCACCAUUCAAUAUUUUUUUCCAAAAUUUCACUCGAAGCACAUUGUGAAAAACUAAGAGUGACCGCUGAUAGACAACCAUGCUAUAAAUCCAAGCCUGGAAGAUUGAAAAUAUAAACCACUAGCUCAAAUUAAAUCACAGCGUUUUCUCUUCGUUUAAUCAAAUGCCCUGAACUCUUGUGCGCAUGCACUUUUUAUCUAUACAAGCCGCUUAUAUGACGCAUCAGCCAAUCUUUUCUGAUUACAGGACAGGAAUAGCUAUUUCCUAUUCGCCUUUUAUCUGGAAUUAACCGACAGCGGCCAGCAAAAGUAAGCUGUCUCUCUCUCUCUUACAAUUUAGAUAAAUUGGUGAACACCGCCUCUUGGCCGACUGUUUUGGGGGAUACAUAAUCUGAUAGUCGAUUAGUUCAACGUUUCAGAAGGCAGCAUAAUAACGAAGCGUUUAAGAAAUCUUGCCAGUUAAACGAGUGAAUAAGACAGAAAAUAACAUCUCACAUGUUUUAAAUUGAACUCAAAAGAAAAAAAGGACUACUAAAGUCUUAACUCUGGGAUUUUAGAAUCAACGAGAUCCCUCUGAACCACCCCGCCGCAGGCAUUCAGCAGACCCGGAUACCGGGGUAAGUGGAGAGGACGAUGAGGAGGCGGAGGCGGAGGCGACGGAUGCAAAGAUUUCCCUGCUAACCAGUCUUGCGCAAAUUUCACUCCGCUCCUCACCACCGCCACCGCCCGCGCCGACUCUGCCUAGGGCCCUGCUGCCCGUGAAACCGCAGUCGGAAAGACUCCUUUCAACUGCCAGCGAACAUUUGGCCGACGUCAAGUCGGGCGGUGAUUCGACGACAGACCGAUGUCAACAUCCGGCCACGCAGGACGACCAGUCUGCCGUCUACCAUAAAUUGCCGUCUGUCAAAUGGAACUACAUUGUGGCCGAUGCCGCCACCACUGAUCGUCUGGGAAAGGCCUACCGCCCCAUUGAGAGACGAGGUGAAAGCAAGGGCGAAGAGGAGGUGGUGGCAAAGAAAGAUGAGGAGGGCAGGGCGAGACAAGAGGAAGUGGAGCAGGAGCCGUGCCACGUUGGCUACAACAGCGAUGAGGUAACUGAGCAGUCGGCGCAGACGACGCGUGCAGUGGAAGUACACACAGCGGCCGAGCGGCCCUCCUUGCAGAAGCGUGUUUUAUUUUCCAGUCAAGAGGAGAUAUGUGCAGAACCGUCCUACGAGAAUGCAGACCGCAGUGUUAGCAGCGUGAAGGUAACUGCUCAGUCUUCUAUGAAGAUCAAACCCGCGAUCAAAAAGUUCCCCAGGACGGAAAGGCAUCAGAACAGCGCUGGCUGUAAAACCACUUUUGACGGAGAGGACGCUAGUAAACGAUGCGGGUGA